AUGGCAUCCACCACCGACAACACCAAAGGUCAGGAUAGCGGUGCAAUCGUCAAUCCAGGUGGAGAUCGCAUCAUGAUGGCCAACAACAACGGCGACCAUGGCAACCACAUCACCGCUCCCGAUGGAGAUCGCAUUAUGGCACCGGCCCACACCAACAACCACCCCGAGUUCCGCGUCGUCAAUCAAUAUGGAAAUCUCCUUGUCCUUCUCAAGAACCCGGACGCCUCCAUCUUCCAUGUGCCCCCUAGGACCAAAAAGCGAGCUCCCACCGCCAACCUCCCCGCUGCUCCAUCCGUCCCCUCCGACACCAACAUCCCUGCCGUCACUGCUGCCACUGCUGCCACUGCUGCCACUGCUGCCACUGCUGCCACUGCUGCCACUGCUGCCACUGCUGCCACUGCUGCCACUGCUGCCACUGCCGUCACUGCCGUCACUGCUACCACUGCUACCACUGCUACCAAUGCUGCCACUCCUGCCUCCACUCGCGCUCCCGAAGUAGACUUCCUGACCAGCUCAGAAUCCCUGAUCAAAGCCUCUCCAGUCUUCAAAGCCAUGCUCACCGGCAGCUCCAAAGAAGCCAUCGAGCUAUGCAACAACGGCCACCAGCAAAUCACCAUCUCCGGCUGGAACGCACGCCCAGUCGAGGCAUUCCUGCGCACUCUUUCCCUUCAAUGCAUCGCCCCUCAGAACAAAGUGACGAGAUUUUUCUUGCUCCCACUCAGGAAUGAUAACGGCGAACUGGACAUCGACGCUGUCGGCGAGAUGGGUGCACUCGCGGACUACUACAAGUGCCUCGACAUCAUCAGCUGGAUCUUCCCCCCGAUCCCGUGGUCGCGCCGGCUCUGUAUCGCCUUCCCUACACCUGAGGAGUUUAGACAGUGCAUGGUUGGCAUCUGGGUGACUUGGGUGUUCAACUUGCCGGUGGAGUUCAAGCGCAUCUCGGCGCAUGUUAUCUAUACCGCGGCCGAUCCGAUUCAGUGUCUUGGUCUCCCUAUUCCAGGCCAUGUCAUCGACGCCCUCAACACCCGCCGCAUCCGCACCCUCAACCGCAUCGUCUCGCGCAUAAAGCAAGCCCGCAAAUCCUUCCUCCCCUCCCCGCGCAACCCCAGCCCCGCCUGCCCCUUCGCCAGCUGCCAGCGAACCAUGUUCAACGACUACGGCAAGUUCCUGGACAUCUGCAAGAUCGCGCGCCCUUCCAUCGGCUAUAACGGGAUCAGCAUCGAGGGUCUGAAGGCGGAUUCCCAGUGCUUUCACCAGUAUCCGCUGCGUGGUCAUUGCCAGCCCAUCACUCGCCCUGGGCCUCGUGUGCAGGAGUGUCGGGCUCUUACUAUUCGUCGUUUCUUUCGGACCGAUGGGUUUCCUGGCUGGCAGGUUCCGGAUGGGCUGGAUUUGAGUGAGCUGAAGCGCCAGGCUGUUUAG